ACAUCGCGUUUAGGACAGGAAAGCAAGUUGGUAUGGCGGAGGUGACAAUGUGCGAUAUAUAUAUACACGCGUAUCGGCGGAUUCAGUCUCUUCCUCUCCGGCAUAGCGUAAGGAACACACACACGGCUGAGUUAUACGAAGGACAGGAAAUAAACCGAUUCAUGUCUGGUAACAAAAUAAAAUAUUCGUCGUACUCAAAACGUCAUCGUAGAUAUUUAGUUGCUACUGAAACACAGGAUGAUUUGGACAGAUUCCGAUAUGUAAAUGAUGAUGAUGAUGAUGAUAUUCAAUUUUGUGAAGAUCUUGAAGGAGUUACGGCUAUUCGCAUCAUUCUUCUACCGAUAACUUGCAAGCUGCUAGCUCAUCAUCUUCUCAAUCCAAUAGUGAUAAUCCUCCAUCUAAAUCUGAUCUGGCUAAUAAUGAAUCUGAUGAUAAUGUGAACUCUGAUAGCGAUACGGAAAAUUGUAGUUCAGAUGAUGACCCAUUAUCUGAUGACGAAGAUUAUGGAUGUGACUAGUUCGAUGAAGACAACAUCAAUGCUGCAGGUAACAGAUAUGAAUGUCACGACUCACUGGUAAGUAACGAUGGGAUACAGAGUUCUGAAUUCAUGUCAGAUUUAAAGUGGUGGGCAAUAAAAUACAGAAUUUGUUUGAAUGCAAUUAGUGACCUCUUACAAAUUUUAAAAAAACAUAUUCCAAUAUUAUCAUUUUUGCCUAAAGAUGCCAGAACUUUUUUAAGAACACCGCGUGAAAAUAAUAUAAUUAAAUUAGCAGGCGGAUUAUAUUGGCAUUGCGGUUUACGUAAUUUUAUUGAAAAAUUAAUAAUUGACUAUGAUAAAUUAGCACUCCCAUCCAAUAUCGAUUUAAUUUUAAACAUAGACGGUUUACCUUUAGCUAAGUCCUCUAAAGUUUUGUUUUGGCCUAUUUUAGUAUCCGAUAUUAAGUUAAAGAAUGUUUACAUGGUAGGUUGCUAUUAUGGAAAUAGCAAACCAACCAGUGCAAAUGAUUUCGUGAAAGAAUUGAUUCAUGAAUUAAUUAAUAUAAAUAAUAAAUUGCCUAUACAAGUUUCACUUUAUGCAAUUGUUUGUGAUGCUCCAGCAAAAUCGUUUUUAUUGUCCACCAAAGGUCAUAUCGGAUAUGGCAGUUGUUCAAAAUGUUACAUUCAAGGCACGCAUAAAAAUAGUAAAGUUUGUUUUGUUGAAAAUGUUCCAAGUCAUCUUCAAACUGAUACAGAUUUUCUUGAGCAAACGGAUGUAGAUUAUCAUAAGGGGGAAACAAUAUUAACAAUAGUUCCUAAUUUAGGUUUAGUGACAAAUGUACCGUUAGAUUAUAUGCAUCUUAUUUGCUUGGGAGUCGUUAAAAAAUUAUUGAUUUUAUGGAUAAAAGGAUCUCUUUCGAUACGUUUAAAUUCUACUCAAAUACAAAAAAUUUCAAAAUUAUUAAUAAAAAUUAGAGAACGAACUCCUAUAGAAUUUGUAAGAAAACCAAGAAGUCUUAACAAUGUUAUGUAUUGGAAAGCUACAGAGUUCCGCCAAUUUUUAUUGUAUACAGGACCCGUAGUGCUAAAUGAAUUUAUACGAGAUAUUUAUUAUCGGAUUAAAAUGGGCGCACGUACACUUUCCAUUUACGUAUUAUACAAGAUACGAGAGGUCAGUAGACCGAUUCUCUAACGUUUAACAAUAAUUAUCAUCGUUAUCGUUACAUCGUCGCGCAUGUAUUUCGACAUAUGAAAAUAUAUAUGCGCAACGACAUAUAUAACGAUAGCGAAAUCGUUGUUAAAAGUUAGACAAUCGCCUUAAAGUGCCUCUUCCAAUAUAUAUAUAUAUAUAUAUAUAUAUAUAUAUAUAUAUAUUUU